AUGCACAAUUACCUGGACGACUGGUUAAUUCCGGCUUCAUCACAGACGGCAUGUCUCGAGGGUGUGGAGCUUGUGAUCGACAUGAUUCUCCAAUUGUGGUUUAUUCCCAAUUGGGUCAAGUCGGAGUUGGUUCCGUCGCAGGUUGACCUUCAUCUACAGUUCCAGCUGCAUGUGUUGAAGUGCAGUUCAAAGACAGAACCACCUGAUGGCAGAAAUUUCUACUUACAUCGAACAGAGGGGAUCGAACAGAACUUCAAACUGAUUAAUGAAUAUGAUUGUGGAGCUCCCUAUGAAAUGAAAGAACAUCUCUUUUUACCCUCGGUUAAAGCCAGAAGAAUACAGAUAAAGUGGAAGAGUUCUAGUUUUACACUUAAACUGGAUCUGUUUGGCUGUCCUUCUGAACCAUUUGAAGGGAAAAGCCCACAGUGUGGAACAAUGUUUAGUUUUUACCAUCUAACAGAAAAUGACAGAGCGUACAGGUGUUUGUACUUCUCUUGUCCACCCAAUGAUUGGCUGGUAAAAUGUGGUUCAUAUCCCGUUUAUUACCAGUCAUCGAGGAAAUGUUAUGCACAGCAUUCCUGCUAUAAUCAUCCUUGUAACAUGGGUGAAAUGUGUGUGCAGGAGAAGACCAAUCACAAGUGUUACUGUCUAAAACCUCCUUGUGGCCUUCAAUCUGGUAUAGACCUUAUGCUGGAUAAACAUGAGGUUAGUCUGUUGGAUACGAUUGAGGUCUAUAUUGCUAUAGUCCCUAAUGACCCAACAUACAAUUACACUGCAGAAAUAGGUGACUUAAUCUGUAAACCUGACUUCAAAACAUUCAUAAACGCUAAAAAUGAGGAGGUUCUCUGUUCCAAAUUCAUCUAUAAAACUACAAAGGUUGGAACAUUGAAGGCCAUUGUAAAGAAACACAGAACAACUCAGACUGAUACGAGUAAAUCUUAUACAUUAAGAGUUACUUCACAUGAACCAUUGAUAAAUCACUGCUUAGAGAACAUUCAAAUCAAGGGUGCUUCGUUUAAGAGUUUCGAUGAGCAUUUAUACAGCACAGUGGAACAUAUUCAGUUCACAAUGUUUACUGAAAUAGACUGCAGUGUCGGUGACUUUGAAAUAAUAAAAUAUAAAUGGACUGUGAGCUGCUUCGAAUCAGAGACUUACAACUUCUGUAUUAGUGACAACAGUUUUAAAGUGUUAUUUUCUUCAUCCACUAACACUGGAAUUUUAGAUUUAAAAAAACGACCACUUUUAGGUGGUUAUUUCAAAAUCUGCCUGCAAGUUGAUGGCAACCAUGGAGACAGAAGAUACUCUGAAGUAAAUGUUGCCUGUGGAUAUUUCAGAGUUAAAACAGUUCCAUUGGAGUUGGUUAUUAAGCCGCCUGGAUUGCAUCACACUGUUCUAAAUACUCGUCGGUUACGACUUGAUGUGUCAGACAGCAAGGAUCCAAACAGUCCUCAUAAUUCAGGUCUCAGUUAUGAGUGGAAGUGUAAGCCAGUAAACUCAUCUCAAAACGUGUGUCACUUUGGGUCACGACGGAAUAUGUUUCCAUACAAUGGCAGCAUUUUUAUUCCUCCAAACUUUCAAUCGGCCAUCUGCAACAUGGAGCAGGAACCGGCUUUUGUCGGACCAAUGGACUCUUCACCAGAACCUCUGAUUCCAACCUCUCUGGGCCAAACACCACGCUAA